AUGUCUCUCAUAGUCACAUUGUUUGUGGUGACACUGGUUACCCAGUGCUGGACAGCGCCACAGCGGAGAAACUGGACCCCUCAGGCCAUCUUAUACCUAAAAGGAGCACAGGGACACCGCUCAGUGUUGGAGCGCGCCAGCAGAGACGAAGAGGGCACUUUACAUUCAGUGACUCACAACUGGAGCAGCGAUGGCCUGGGGUUGUCUCUGGCCUCAUCCAUUCUCCUGGGGCUUCUGCAGCCUGCUCUGGAAGAAGGUGGAGGCACUUUAGAUAAUUACUCUGACGGGCAAGAGCUGAAUUUGUGA